AUGACUGUUGCUCCAACAUUCUCCGGCUCCGAUGACUUUUACCACCCUCGCCGCUCCAGCAACAACCUCAACAACGAGAUUGAGCAUGUCAUGCGAUUGAUGGCGAAUGCCUCAAUGCCGACGACAACACAUUCCACUGACAUCAACAACAACUACAUUGGGUCCGGCAAGGGUCAUAACAUGUUUGGAAGUACCCCUCCGGACCAGUGCUUGUAUAUCCACAUCCCCAAAGACAACAGGGGCGGUUUGUUCUGA